CAAGCGCCAUUUUGGAAGCAACAUUUUAAAUGGCUUGGGAUGAAGACAAAACAGAGUAAAACAGCGUUAUUUAUUGAUGUAUUUACGGGACAGUCAUGUUCAUGGGUGACAGCGGAGUCUAUUUUUAACUACUGAAUUUUAUUUUGACGCUGAUAACAACCAAAAUGUGGAUACUCGACGCAGUUUACUCUUUGUUUUGGAACUCGCUGUUGGAUUUUGUUUUCUUCAUUAUUAUCGACGCCUUUGCAAAGAUAACUUUGGGUGAUUCAAGGACUCCUGGAGAAAAGAAAACAAUAUGGUUUGGGGAGUCUGUCAUUUUAGCCCUAACAUCAAUCAUCAUAUAUUUUUGUGACCACACACCGGUAGUGCUCAUCUUUCUAACUAUGAUCACCUUUGUGUACACCCAGUCUAGUGGGAUGGUCAAUGUCAGGAAUUGGUACAUCUCACUGAAGACACGAUGGGAAGAGUACCAGCAGCACCAAGACAGUGUUGAACGCAUGAGGAUUCACUUGAACAACCAACAGGCAUAUUUUCGUUCAGAGCAGAUGCGACAAGAGGCUGCGCAGAGGUUAGCACCUUACAACAGAAAUGUUCCUUUCCAAAUGCAACAACAGCAGCAGCAUGGAAUGUACCCCGUCAAAAACCUUCAACAAAGUCGAAUGGGCUUCGCUUCCAAUACGCAGGCUAAUCUUGCAUCUAACCAGAAUUUCCAACCCCCAAAUGAUGUAAUGCAGCAGACACCAAGCACACCAAGUUUCUGGUCGAGAUUGCCAAGAAUGAGUCUGCCAAAUGCAUUCAAACGUUCUAGUGCUACAACAACUACAACCACUAGUUCAGAUGAUGACCAUUAUCAGCUUAGGAAAGAAGAGUACAGUUUUUCUACUGAGUUUUCUAAAAAUUUAAGACCUAAUAAGCAAACACCAAUAGGAAAAGUUGAUUACUCUCCUCCGAUAAAGCCUUCUUUGUUUGGAGAGAAUUUAGGGCGUAGACCUUUACGACGAGGUUUCACCAGUUGUCCAGAAAGUUCUAUAUCGGAGAGUUCUUCUCUCAAAAAACGGUUCAUAUCGGCAUUUGGGUUUUCAUCCACACCUGAAAAGCCUCCUGGUUUGAGGAACGAAGGACAAAAUUUGUGUUUUAUGAACAGUAUACUACAGUGUUUAGCAAGGACUCCUAACUUGAUUCAGUCAUUAAGUACAGAAACCUCAAAGGAAUCUGAAUGUACUAUGGAGGAGUCCUUGCUUUUAACUUCUAUUGUAGAAAUUCUAGAAAACUGUAAAGUAAAGGGCAGUGCCAAAGUUCUGGAUCCUAUUGCAUUUCGUCAGGCAGCAUCCAGUCUCCCCAACAGUGUGGUGGCUCUUCCAACACAGAGACAGGCACAGCAAGACGCAGCAGAGUUCUACAUGUGGUUCAUGGAUUCCCUUCACUGUCUCCUCAACAAGAACAGGAAGAGCAAUGCAGAUGAAGCAAAGAAAUCGAAAGCAAGUGAGAGAUUGAAGACUUUAAAGUUUAUUUAUGGAGACCUCAACCCAGCCAAGUUACAAGACCUCAAGUCAGCUUGUAAACAGGAGAUUGACCAAGCCCAUGGUUUACAGAAUAACUCCUAUGCAGAGCCAGUACAACGACUGUCCGAUUUAGAGUGGCUUACCUACAAAGCUGAUAACAACUCUAUCAUAGACAACUCCUUCACUGGUCAGCUAGUCAUUGGCUAUCACUGUCUCACUGACAACCGCAUUACAGUCAACAUGCAGACCUUCAACAUCCUGCCCGUGCCUAUCGUCCCCCCGAGAGAGGUCUCGGGUUUGGUCAUGCUGGCAGAUUGUUUCACCACAUUUUGUAAUGUAGAGCAUCUGACUGGGCAGGAUGCUCUGGAUCACAACUCGUGGUGUCCUGCGGCAGAGAAAUGUACAACUCCUGUCCAGGGUCUGUCCACUCCAUCUGCACCAAAAGUGAAUGGGAGGAAGAGAGGUUUCUCAAGUGUAGACUCUGCUGUUGGUAGUCUGGGCUCACCCUUGACAGGUAACCCAAUGUCUCCCAUCCCAGGCAAUGGGGAGUUUGUCAAUGAUAGUGGCUUUCAGGACACAGUGUUCAAAACGUCCACGCCCAUUGCUGACUCGCAGUUUAGCUUCAUUCCUCAGCAUCAGAGGCUGAAGGAUGCACAGAGAAGAUGUCUUCUUCGUCAGUUACCUGAAUGUCUCGUCAUACAGCUAAUGAGGUUCAACUACAAUCCAUUCACAAGACAAUCUAGCAAGGUUCAGGCACCAGUGUCUAUACCCCUGCGGGAUCUAGACCUCACACAGAUCAUGUUUGACACCGUCACCAAUAGGGAAGACCUGUCGGCGCCAGAGCACACUCACAAGUACGACUUGUACGGAGUUUGUGUCCACCUUGGGGCAGACACAACCAGCUACGGCCACUACAUCAGCUAUUGUCUUCAGUCGGAUAACAACACCUGGUACAAGUUUGAUGAUGAAGACGUCACUGAAGUUAACAUGGAGUAUGAACUUACAAUGCGUGAGCUCAGAGAGAAUGCAUACAUUCUCUUCUAUAAAAAAGCAGCAUCAUCCCCGUCGUAAACCUAAUUCAACAUUAAAAUUGUCAUAUUUUGGAACUUUUUUUCAUGAUUCAUAUUUUUUUUUAUAAACAUCUGAUCUCACUUUUCCUCAUAAGUAUCUGACUCAUCGUUAAAGUCUUUGUGUAUGUUUGAAUUGCAAAAUGUAUAUGUACCCUAGCUGCUUAGCUGAAUGUUAAUAGAAAAAUGUAAAUGCAUGUAAAUAACGUCCCAAAAUGCUUCUAUUUGCUUUUUUUCAGUAUGAAUGUGUGUUCUCAAAUGACUCAUAAAGAAAACUAAUGGAUUCAGAAAUUUUUUUCCAGUUUCAUUAACUGAACUGUUUGUGGUAGUUAUGAGAAUGUCAUUUGUCUUUUAUAUCUAGCCUUUAAGUUAUUUGACAUACUUACAGAUAACCAUGGUAGAUCAAAUACUGCACUGAGAAAAACAUGUACAUUAUGAUAGCUUUAUAUAGAUACAGGUACAGGUGCAUAAAUUGAUGUUAAAGCCAAAUAUUUUUAUAUGUACAUGUAUGGUUUUUCCAGAUUUGUAUUUAUAAAAUGUGUCUAAAUUAAAUAUAGGUUUCAAUUGAUAUUUGUUGAAUUAGGAUGACCUGCAUGUGGAGUUGUAAAUUUAAAGCUGCAAUGUGUAGUUUUGUUCCCCACACUAUGAUUUUAAUAUAUUGUUGAAAAUCUAUUGUUUGGUCUCAAUCCGAUAGGUCAGCUCCUUUUAAUUAUAUAUAUACCCUGGCAAUUUUCAGAGGGAUCACAGUAAUUCGAUUUUGUAGGAUAGGCAUUGAACAGGUAAAACAGGCUUGUGGUUCAAAUGAUUUAUUGAGAAACGAGUUUGAAGAGAUUUGAAUGAAUAUGGCACUGCUGAUACUUAAAACUAAUUAAAACACAGGUUGGCUGUUAUUGUUCUUUAGGGACUAGAUUCAUGAAUAAAACGAUUUAAGACAAUAUUAUACAGAAUAAUGUUCUGGUAGGAAGUACAUGUAAAUAGGGUCAGGGAUUGGACGAAAUGAUGGUUUGGCUAAGACUUAAAUGGUCAUUUAAUUACAUAUUAGAAUGUUUUAUCCGGGGCCAAGGCCAAUGUUCCAAAAUAACUUGUGUUUGGCGAUGACAUUGAAAAGAAAGUGACAACUUUAUAUUAAUUAAAAGUCAAUACCAUUAAAGUACGAAAUGUAUUUGACAUAAUCACUGAAGCUUACAAGUCUAUGACAAAUGGAAAUUGUUUAAAAUGGUCUUUCUCUUAGAAAUUAAAUGUAGAUACAAAAUCUCCACUAGCUCCUGCAUGGUUGAUCGUGAGCUGUAAGAGAAAAUCUAUAACUACAGUAUUCAAAAAAGGGACACUUGCCAAUUAAAAGUUUUUGACUUUAAAAAAAAUCAAAAUUUGGAGAAAAAUUAUCUUGCAUUCUCUGAGCUAUGAGAAGGCUCGAGUAACCCACAAACUCUGUCCUAAUGCCCUAUCAGAAUUUUCUUGUCAACAGCAAUUAUGACCCAAUGUUGUUAUGAAGGGUUAUGUAUCUUUAUCAGGGAUUUAAAUGUAGUAUGUUAGGAUUAGUUGUGAAACAAAAUUGAGUUAUUUUGUAAAUGUAUUAGAAAUAACUUUAGUGUUUGUUGCUGGACACAAUAAUGGCUUAUAUUUUCUCUCUUGAAUUUCAAUCUUCAUCUCCUAAUCUGAACUCUGAAACAUGUUCUACCUGGUAUAUAGGUAUAGCUUAUAAUGUAUUCUUGCUUAAUGCUUAAUUAAAGCAAAAGUAAAUAUCACUCAUUUCGGUAAUACAAGUAUGUAGGAAUAUGUAAUAAUAAGACGUGGAGAAUCUGAUAUCCAAAACCUUAGGAAUAUAUUUUUGGUAAACAUAAAUAAUCUGCAGGGAGGAAUAUAUUUCUGGUAAACAUAAAUGCAGGGGAAAAAAAAGACAUCUUAUAAUUUCCCCUAUAUUUAUGAACAUAGAGAGUAUGAGUGGUAAAUAAAGAAAUGUUCUUUUAAUCAGAUUACAGUAAAACUAGGAUUUCUUAUUUAGAUAUUUAACAUUUAACAGAAAUACAGUAUUAAUAUGUUGAAAAUGUUGUUGGGCGAUAUAUAUAGUGUAUAUAUUUUUCAUUAUUUUGAAUAAUUUAAUAUUAAGUGCAGCUAUUCCAAUUUUAUAUUCUUUCUUGGAAAACCUUGUUCCUAUUUCAUGUCAUGUUUGACCAGUUGUAUGCAUGAUAAGUGCUGGAAGAAAUGUCAUGUUGACUGUUUAUAUUGCCUGAGCAUUUAGGUACACAUGAUGAGUAGUGUAUAGAGGUGAAUCAAGUUUUGUAGUUAAAAAUAGGGUCAUAAUGAUUUUCCUUAAUUUCAAGCAUCAAUAUAUAGAUGAAUUUCGUCUUCAAAUCCAAGGGUUUACAGAUUUAACCAUGUGUUGAUAUGUACAGUCACAGCUGUUAUAACAGUCCACGACCAUGAUAUUCCUUUUGAUUAAUAAUGUCAGAGCUGGAUAAAUAAUAUUUAAGACAAUAGCUAUAUAGGAGUUUCACUAAUUUUGGCUAAUUAUUAUGGGUUUGUCAGAAACACUAGCAAUUGUUUUAGGAAUUUUUCUUUCAACAGUGUUAUUAAUGGAAACUCUGAAUGUCUUUGAUACUGUUAAAAUAACUGACACUUGACCCUUCUACAAGUAAAUUACGAGGGAAAUCAUCUUUAAUAAAAUAUUUCAAAACGUUUUUCUACACAUAUUUUAUACUAAAUGUAACAAACCCAAUCACUUUUAGGUCCUUACCUUUGCAUUGUGGGAUAUUAAUGUGGCAUUGUGGGAUAUUAAUGUGUUCUUAACUUUGCAUUCGAUGUCAAACUUUGAAAUCAUCAUUGAUUUGCUGUACAAAAUUAAUAUAGUUGAUAAAUUAUUUGUGAAUUUCAAAA